CAACCUUGCAACUGCCAAGCAGAAGACAGGAAGCCAGCCUGGCUCCUGGCUUUGGGGCUGGGAACUGUGGGAGGAGGGCCCAGGCCCCACUGGAGGCAACUUUAGUGUCAAGACCCUAGGAACCAGUCCUCUGUCUGGCCAGAGGGACACAGGCUUGUGGCAUUUCCCCAGAGGCUCUCUAGGAGGGGGGAGGACCUCCCUGGAACCAUAGGCCUAGCCUCUGACCCUGGAAACACCCAGCCUGGGCCUGCCUGAGGGCCAACAAGUCAGGGCAGGGGGCAGCAAAUUUUUAACUCAGAACGUUGAUCAUUAACAGGGGUAGGAAAGAGUCCAAACCCAGCAUCCCCCGAGGGCAGAGACCAGCUUGAUCUUGAGCCUCCUGCAGAGAUGCUGGUCCCCCGAGUCUGGUCCUCUGUGAGGCUAGGGCUGAGCAGGGUCUUGUCCAGGACCCUGGGGGGCUGGCCCUCAGGGGAGGGCAGGAGGAUGGACCUCUCAGGCAUCUACCCGCCUGUGACCACCCCUUUCACUGCCACGGCCGAGGUGGACUAUGGGAAACUGGAGGAGAAUCUGCAUAAACUGGGCACCCUUCCCUUCCGAGGCUUCGUGGUCCAGGGCUCCAAUGGCGAGUUCCCCUUCCUGACCAGCAGUGAGCGCCUGGAGGUGGUGAGCCGCGCACGCCAGGCCCUGCCCAAGGGCAAGCUCCUGCUGGCCGGCUCCGGCUGCGAGUCUACUCAGGCCACGGUGGAGAUGACGGUGAGCAUGGCCCAGGUCGGGGCUGACGCCGCCAUGGUGGUGACCCCUUGCUACUAUCGUGGCCGCAUGAGCAGCGCCGCCCUCAUUCACCACUACACCAAGGUGGCUGACCUGUCUCCAGUUCCUGUGGUGCUGUACAGCGUCCCAGCCAACACGGGGCUGGACCUGCCAGUGGAUGCGGUGGUCACGCUUUCCCAGCACCCCAAUAUUGUGGGCAUCAAGGACAGCGGGGGUGAUGAGCUGUGGGGGGCGUGUGUGCCCUGGCCAAUGUCCUGGGGGCUCAGGUGUGCCAGCUGGAGAGACUCUGCCUCACAGGGCAAUGGGAAGAUGCCCAGAAACUGCAGCACCGCCUCAUCGAGCCAAACACUGCGGCGCUGCUCCUUAGGUGACCCGGCGCUUCGGGAUCCCAGGACUGAAGAAAACCAUGGACUGGUUCGGCUACUACGGAGGCCCCUGCCGCUGCCCCUUGCAGGAGCUGAGCCCCGCCCAGGAGGAGGCGCUGCGCCUGGACUUCGCCAGCAACGGGUGGCUCUGAGCGCCGGCCGGGGCCUGCCGGACCACGCCCACCUCAGCCUCCUGCCGGGUGGUGGCAGCCUGAAGAAAGCGUGGGGGAGACGAGGGCUCAGGGUUCGAGGCUCCUCUUCUUACUUCAGUCCUCCCGGUAGACUUUCUCCAGGCACUACCAGGCAUGCUUAUUUCCUGUUCUCCCAGCCCCAUGAUCUCUGAUCUCUGGUUAUUUGUAUCCCGGAAUCUGGGUCUUUAGAGACCUUCAAUGUAGGAAGGAACAUGACUUAUUUCUCUCUCUA